GUUCCGUAUCCAGGGAUGUGCACUUCCCCUGACUUUCCUCUCUGUCAGGACUUUAGCAGUCGGUCAGUCCUGCAAGCAGUGGUUUUGUCUGAGGGCCAGACAAACAGGAAGUGCCGUGUGGAGAGAGCUGCUGACCUGGGAAAUGCCCGGCUCUGGGGCUUUGGCUGCGUGAGGAGAGCAAAGAAGAAUUUCUGUCGUGACUACAACGUGAGCUUCUCUGGAGAAACCUGCCCUGGGACUGCUGGUAUGGAACAUUCCCAGCACCCUGGAAGUCUCCUUUGUGUUCCUUUCCCAUCAGUAUCAUCCCUACAGAAAUGCUGGGAGAUGCAGACAACCCUAUUUGGACUCUGGUGCCGUCCUAUGCAGACAACCCUAUUUGGACUCUGGUGCCGUCCUCUGUUGCUAUGGCAACUCAGUGGGCUCUCUGAUGUGGUCUGUUCAUUUGUUCAGCCGUCGGGUACUGUGCACCUCCUGUACAAGGCACCGGGUGCAGAGCAGCGAACGAGACAAAGUGCCUGCCCAAGCGGAGCUCAGGGUGGGGUGCAGACAGUAAACAGUAAUAAACCGUUGCAGAAUGAGGAUGAGCCUGGAGAGCCAGAGCAGGCUGUAGGCGACGCUCCUCCACCAUACAGCAGCAUCUCUGCAGAGAGUGCAGCGUAUUUUGACUACAAAGAUGAGUGUGGAUUUCCAAAACCUCCAUCUUACAAUGUGGCAACAACAUUGCCCAGCUACGAUGAAGCUGAGAGAACCAAGGCUGAAGCUACUAUCCCCUUGGUUCCUGGAAGAGAUGAGGAUUUUGUGGGUCGGGAUGACUUUGAUGAUGCUGACCAGCUGAGGAUAGGAAACGAUGGGAUUUUCAUGUUAACUUUUUUCAUGGCAUUCCUCUUUAACUGGAUUGGAUUUUUUCUGUCUUUCUGCCUGACCACCUCAGCUGCAGGAAGGUAUGGGGCCAUUUCAGGAUUUGGUCUCUCUCUAAUUAAGUGGAUCCUGAUUGUCAGGUUUUCCACCUAUUUCCCUGGAUAUUUUGAUGGUCAGUACUGGCUCUGGUGGGUGUUCCUGGUUUUAGGGUUUCUCCUGUUUCUCAGAGGAUUUAUCAAUUAUGCAAAAGUUCGGAAGAUGCCAGAAACUUUCUCAAAUCUCCCCAGGACCAGAGUUCUCUUUAUUUAUUAAAGAUGUUUUCUGGCAAAGGCCUUCCUGCGUUUAUGAAUUCUCUCUGAAGAAGCAAGAGAACACCUGCAGGAAGUGAAUCAAGAUGCAGAACACAGAGGAAUAAUCACCUGCUUUAAAAAAAUAAAAGUACUGUUGAAAAAGAUCAUUUCUCUUUAUUUGUUCCUAGGUGCAAAAUUUUAAUAGUUAAUGCAAAAUUCUGUAAUCAUUGAAUCAUUAGUGGUUAAUGUUUGAAAAAGCUCUCGCAAUCAAGUAUGUGAUGUAUUAAUAAUGCCUUAUCUAUUGUUUGUAGUCAUUUUAAAUAGCAUGAGCCUUGUCCCUGUAGUCAGUAGGGGGCAGUCUUGCUUUAUUCAUCCUCCAUCUCAAAAUGAACUUGGAGUUAAGUGUUUUAGUGUAAGAUAUGUAUAAUGCUGGCCAUUUCAAAGGGGUUUUCUCAAAAGUUAAAACUUUUGUUUUGACUGCAUUUCUGCACAUAAUCCAUACUUGGUGUUAAAAUUAGAAAUUUAUUCAGUUGUACUGUGAACACCUGGACACAAAAUCAUAGUGCAAAAUACAUUUAAGGUGUGGUCAAGAAUGUGUUCUUAAUUGGUAAAUAAUGAGCAUUAAUUUUUUAUAGUCUGUAUUCUAAAUUUUGCAGUACAUAUUGUUCUGUGUUAUGAACCUAAAAAAUUGUAAAGGUGUUGUCACUGUAUAAAAUAAAAAGGACAAGGACAAAUGCAGCUUAAUUACUAAAAUGUAAUUCUUGACACUUUCUGUGUGAUUAGAGUCCCUUUUACCCUUUUUUUUCUUUUUUUCCCUUUUUUGGGGAGGGUCUCCUGAUGAUUAGGCCAGGGGCUGGCGUAGAGAGGGGAAUAGAUACUUAGGAGCAAAGAAAGAAUUAGUUUGGAACUUUUGAGAUGAUCCCUAAUAUACUGUAGUACUACUUGCUUUUACAAUGUGUUAGCAGAAACCGAUGAGUUAUAUAUAAACGUAGAAUGAUGUGCUUUCUGCCAAGUGGUAAUUCACCUUGGUUUGCUAUGUUAAAACUGUAAAUACAACAGAACAUUAAUAAACGUCUCUUGUGUAGCAA